AUGAGCACAAAGCAUACGAGAGAGAAAGAGGACAUGGUGGGGCUCUUUGCUCACCCGCACAGUCCCUCCAGGAUCGCACCCUGGAAGAGGAGCAAACACAACAAAAGGCGGAGGAGAGCCUGGCCGAGCGGUCGACAUCCACAAAACGCGAUGACUGGACCCCAGCACACCACUCUGCGACGGUGCCAAGCGUCCUCCCUUCGGUCCAGAAAACAGGCCACCUUUGAGACUUGCUCCCUGGGCGGGGAGAAAGCACGAAGCGCCCGGGGUCGGGCUGAGAGCUUACGUAAGGGCAACCGGCGGCUGCGCCCGGGUCUCCCAAGUGUGGGCGCUGAGCCCCAGGCCCAGGGUGGCCUCCCUCCGGUCCGCUCCCCCGCGUCUCUGCCGGGGACCACCGGCCCGGAGCCCGCGGCGCCCGCGCUGGGCGGGGGCGUCCUCCCGCAGCCACCCAGCUUCCCGGGGGAGGAGCAGCGCAUCGCGCAAGCAUCCGGGAGCGGCGGAGGGGGCGGGAGGAAGGGCGAGAGGAGGAAGCGGGAUUUAAACGAAAGGCGGUGA